AUGACGAUGGAAUCUCCUCCUUCGCAGGAUCCGUUUUCGUCGUUGCUUUCGUCAACAGAAACAAAUAAGUCAUGGCUUCCGUUGGUUUAUACGGUCUUCUUCUUUGUCGUCAUCAUUUACAUCUGCACAAAAGGUGAUCAAACUCCUACGGAAUCAACUCCUGAGACUCACGAGAAUUCUCUUCCACAACCACAAGAUAUCGAGACCGGACAUCUAACGCAGCCUCUGCCUCUGCCUCAAGAAGACAUGAAAACCGGAUGUAUGACGCGGAUCAACCAACUUUCGAUUGAAACGAGCAUCUUAGAGUUUAAAGAUACCAAAAAAGAAGGAUUUGAUGAGAUUUGUUGUCCAAUUUGUCUUGAAGAGUUUGAAGAUGGUCAUGAGAUUAUUCGUAUAAACAAGUGUAGACAUGUUUUUCAUCCUUUUUGUAUUGAUUCUUGGCUGACAGAGAGUGGAAGCUGCCCAAAUUGUCGUUGCUCCCUUAACGCAAGACAUAGGAAAGAGGAGAGAGAGAUAGAGUAG